AUGCCACGUAAGCAAAGCACACCUAACAAACCUCGUAAGAAACAAACGCCUAACUCAACACCGAAACCAGCUGUUGAAGAAGUUGUUGUCUUGUCAAGCAGAACCAAAAAGAAAAAAGAAAAAACAGUUGAAGAAAUAUAUCAAAAGAAAUCUCCAGUUGAACAC